AAUCGUCUGGCAAGGUCCUGCCAGGCUGCCGGUGGACGCAUGGUGAGGGCGGGAGCGGUUCAGCACCACGGCCAGCGCCUGGCGGCGGUGGCGGCGACGGCGUGGGCGACGCUGCGGAGAGAAAGCAGCGCGGAGGAAACGCGGGAGAGGGAAUUCCUGCCCCCAUGCUGAUGGUUUUUAUGGGGACCCGCAGUCAAAUUAAAGGUCAAAGCAUGAUAUUUGGCCUCCUGCAUUAUAUUUUAAACCGAGGAAAGGAGAAAGUUAUCUCGCUGGCACAAAUGGAAGAGAGAACACGCAUCUGCGUUACCAUUGUGCUCUUCACGGUGUGCUAGGCUGAAAAGCAAUUUGUGCAACGAUAGGGAUUUUUUCCUUCUCAUUACAAUAAGUGGCAAAAUUGUCUGUCCGCUGAGGACAAGAAUAACAGUUACUCAUUACGAGAUCUAAGGUUAAAUUAAGCGGCUGAAAGAGAAAAGGUAUACAGGGGAGGAAGUGGCACACUAUGUUCAAAAAGAUCCAUUCUAUAUUUCACCCCAACUUCCAUCGAAGAAAUGUGACGGAUGACAUCCCGUACUGUGAUGGCACUGGUUCUGCGGUGAGAUUGAUCCGCAGCACUUCUAUGUACAUCCUUGGAGGUGAGCAGGAAAAAUUUGGAGAACCACUAAAAAAAUACAAAAGUACAACCAGCAUUGACUCUUGCUUCCAGCAAAAAGAGGAAGACAGAGACUGGAUGUACUCUAAGACUCAGGACUGCUUGAAGUACUUACAGGAUCUGCUAGCCUUGAGGAAAACAUAUCUUGACAACAUCAACAACUUGAAAUCCAUGCAUAUGGCUGUAGAUUCCCCAACAUCCACAAAAUCAUCCAAAACUGGAAUGAAGUCGUUUCUUCCACUUCCUUCCAAAGAUUUUUCUAAGGCAUCCGUGGAGAGAAAAGGGCCACAGUCCAGUUCUGAUGUAAGAGAAGCAAUAGCUUUCUUUGACUCGGUUAUUGCAAAUCUGGAUUCAGACAGAUGGUGGAGAGUUCCUGAUGUGGAUCUGCCAAAUGUGGAUGUUGAUUUUGAUGUUGCUACCAGCACAAGUGAACACAGUUUACAUUCAAACUGGAUCCUUCGUGCUCCCCGGAGGUACUCACAAGAUACUGCCCAAUCAGCAAAGGCUGCAAACCAGUCUCAAAGAAACAGCCAGCGGACAACGACUGGCUCUAGGAAGAGGUUGGAAAGACACCCAAUGUACUUGCCCAAAGCUGUGGAAGGGGCAUACAGCACUUUAAAAUUUAAACCCAAAACACGUAAGAAAGAAUAUUGAAAGAAUAUUUGCUCUUCAGUUGAAGAUAGAAUACAUGAAAUAGGGCAUGUAAGACUCACAUUUUUUACCUCUGACCCAGCUCUUACACUCUAGAAGUGACAUGUACAGUCACUGAAGGUUCCUUGUGUGGGACAUAUUUCAAGCCAUGACUAUUCAAAUGUUGGGCUCAUAUGAGGGUUUAACUCAUUGAGUUCAUUGUGCCUAGCAAUACUGCUUUGUAUUCAUUCAGCUUAGGGGGGGGACUCCAACUUGACCAGCCUUUUUUUUCUAGUGCUGUUAUUGAAAGCAAUGAUUCAGAGAUUGCCUGGUGCAGUAAUUUUUCUUCUGACUCCAGUACUGCAAAGUGAUUCAAGCAAUUCAGCUAAUACUUUGGAGAUUUUUGCACUAGCGUUUCCAAUGUCAGAGCAGUGAAACAGAAUUUCCUCCUUUUUUGCUUUUGAAAAUUUGUAUGUGCCAUCAUUGACUCUGUGAUCUUAGAGUAUAGCAGCAUUGAGGUACAAGCAGGCUGUGGUACAAGCAAAAAAACCUGCAGUGAAGGAAUCAGCAUUAGAAACCUGUCUUUUGUGGAACAAAAUCCCAGUGUGUUUUGUACUCCAGCUGUCUUGUACUCUGCUGCUAUUGGGAAUAGUUCUGUCCUGGGAUACAACAUCAAGGGACUCACUGCAUGCAAAAACUUAUACAAUUUUUUUUAUAUGGUUACACUGCCUGUUAGUUUUCAUCUAUUUUAAUGCCCAGCUGCUGAAUCUAGACAUCCUCAUGUACACUAGAAAAGCUUAAUGUCUUGGAGAAGAACACUUUGUCAAUGAACUGGAGCAAAGAUUGCUCUCAAGGGCAGUAGGCAAUUUGCAGACAAGUACACUUCAUCAGCAUUAGAUUAUACCUGGUAUAUGCAGUUCUGCUGCUUCAUCAUUGAAGACUACAUCUCAGGAAGAACACAGUAUAGGAGUGUUCCUCUUCAGGCUCUUUCAUCUUAGAGGUGAGACACCCUAUGUGUGAUACUCGGAACGGUUAAGACUCGUACUCUGCCUGUUUUACUGGUGUACAGCAAUGUAAAAAUGCAUGGAAAGCAACAAGGAGCUAGCACCCCGUGGAAAUACUAGCCCGUGGCCCUUCGGAUAGGGCAACAGAGUUUAUACUACAACCAUGAGUCACGUCCCCUGGCUCAUGCUUUGUCUUAAGAAUCUUCUAAGAUGGUUGGGAUCAAGCCUUUUCUUACCCCGAUUUCUUACAUCUGGUUUUCAGUUGGUGGUUCACUCUGACAGGUGGAUGAUGGCAGCACUGGUAUGACCAGCUGGUGAUUCACUAGUGAUUUCUUGUUUCUGUGUUCAGUAGUUUCUGUGUCCACAGGCUUGGAUAAAUUUCUUAAGACAUUAGCCAUCAAUAUAACCCAUCUGAUGCAUCAUAACCUCCACAGAUCUUGUGCCCACCACAGAGAACAUUUGGCAAUUCUUGCUGAUUUGCGUGCUUAGUCUUUGGGACCAAGUUAUUCAAACAGCAUUUCUACCACAAAGCUGAAGUCCCUCUCUCAGAUCUCACUGAUCAAGGACACUUUCUAUCAUGAGAUAAGAGAGUGCCAAAAAACUGCCAGGUGUUCCUUCAUUCAGAGCUGAUAUCUCCUGUUUGAUUAAAGCAUUUUGUUUCUUUCUCUAGUGAUGCUCAUGAAGGGGAGGGAGGAAUCGUAUCUGUAGCACUUUAAUUCCAAAGGUGCUUUUCUCAUUCUUCGUCUAGUCUGUACCUCCCCCAUCCUGUCCUGACUGGCCUGAACCAAACAUCACAACUGUCAUUAAAACUUCUGACUGACAUAUGAUUGUUUAAGUCUAAAACCUGCAUAUUUUCGGUGUCACCCUGAAACCUCUCUCUAAGUAAAAUCACACAUUGAAGUUGCUGAUGAACAUUUUUCUUGAGUGUCUGGUCACCUUCUUUGCUACUAGAACCUGCCACAAGGAUGGAAGUUGAUAGAAAACCUUGGCAUCUUUUUGAGUUACUCCAAGAGAAUUAGGCAUGUGGGUAAUUAAUCACUGAUGAAAGAACAAAAAAAGGAUUCCAACAGUCUUUGACCCUGGUCUGUGAUUCAUGUUCAUGGUGCCAAGGUUUUCCCAUGGAAGUAGCGGAUGUUUUUGCUGUUUGUUAAGAAAGCACUGUAAUGUGCAGAACCAAACUGCUUCAGCAUGUGUGAAUUCUGGUCUGUCUUUACA